AUGGCGUCAGUGGGUGCAACCAUGAAGGCCAUCAACGAUGCCUGCCGAUCCAAGGGGGGCCAUUACGCAACCUACAGUUGCCAGGUGGUCUCUUGGGAUGAUGUGAGUCGUGGGACAGUUGGUGGCUCGUUAUCUUGCUGGGGGGCAAACAUUACAGACACAUACCUCAAGAGCAAGAGUGGGACGCAACUUUUCACGGUGCGCAGUGACAACUGGAAUGAAAAACUGGGCGUCGUCUCUGCUGAUGAGGUGGCAGUCGUGGCUUCUCACGCAGGUGGAGCACUGCAGCCCGUCACACUCCGGACCGUGCUGCAGCAGAUGGGUGACUAUGGCAGCUAUGCUGGCCUCGAAGAGCAGACCGACGUCUCGAAUUCCACCUUGGAUUCACAGUGUUCCAUCCGCUUUCAGACGACUUUCAUUCCGGUGGAGGAUUGCCCCGAUGGCCGGGCGAAGCUCGAGUUUGCGACGGAGGCCUACAACUACAACACCAUGAGCGAUACCGAUCCGCGCAAUCUCGUGUUGCUGUGCACUAGCCAAGGCAUGGCCGUCCAGCAGGACGGGCAGGGUGCGAAGAAGCUCUUUCACCAUGCAGUUGAUGACGAUGGCCAGAUUCACCGCUACUGGCUGGAAGCCGAGGAGAGCCGCCAUCAAGUGGGCGGCGAGCAGCGAGAGACGGACCAGGAGCGGGUAGAAGCCUUGGCUCGCGGUAAGGCGACCUCGAGCGUCAUUGGCAUCCGUGCCAUGGGCCAACGCUUCAACGUGCUGAUGACCAUCCAGGUCCCACUGCAGCAGCGGGCGCCCAUGCCAAGAGAAGACGAAGAGUGCCAGGAAGCAUGCAUGGAGAUCAUGGAGGGAUGGUGUGAUGAUGACAUGGAUGACUUCAUGCCCCAGUUUCAGUUGACUCAGCGCUCAGUGUCGGAGGCCCGGUGUGUGCCAACAGGCCACAGCAGCGCCGCGAGGGUCUCGCGUGGCACGGAACACGACGUCUGGGACGGCUUGUCCAUCAACUCGCCCGCACGAAACGCUACCGAGCACGUCACCGUCACGGUUGUCAUCUACAACGCCGUCAAGGGGGGUGUGCCAACGCCUCAGGACGUCGCGGCGGCCAUCGACGACCUUGAAAACCUUUAUGCAGCUUGUGCCGACACCGGGCGCUUGGCCGACAGCAACUUCGACUUCAUGAAGGAGCAGCUAACAGUUGACGACAUGAUCGACAUUAAGUCGAAAUUGCAGUUUCAGCCUCCAGCCGUGGAUGUUCUCCAGCAUGACGUCUUUCCGACAGCCUGA